GAAUAGUCCGUAGUUGCUAAGUAACCACUGCAGAGACUGCAUCACUGGAUGCCCAAUGGAUUCUGAAAAUCUAAUUGCACUAUCGUAGUUACACCAAAACGAGGUUUGAAAAUGAUGGAUGAGGGUACGGAGUUAUCACUGACAAUUGCGCAAAUUGUCCAGCGACUGAAAGGAACUAAUUUGCACUCUCAAAUAGAGAGACAGGCCAAAGAGUGUUUGCAUAGACCCGAGAUAAAAUUAGAAUCUCUUAAAGAUGAUGUUCGACAUUUUCUCAAAGCUUCAGGUUGGGAGAAAAAACUUCAGAAUGCGGUGUACAGAGAGUUACACGUUCAACCGCCCCCCUGCCAUCCUGCAACUCCCCCAGAACACACCAAGGAGCCGCUGGCUUACAUGCGGAAGGCCCAGGCAAGCUGGGAAAAGCGGAUCCUUAAGAGCCUGAACAGCAUGUGCACGGAGUUGGGUGUGCCUCUGGCUCGAAAGAGACCAGCGAUAGAGCAGAAGGAGUUGACCAACAAGUGGAACGAGAUGGGAACUGACGAACCAGAUCUAAGUCGUUUCAGACCUGUAUAUGCUCCUAAAGACUUUCUAGAGGUGCUGAUUAGCCUGCGGAACCCGAACCACGACAGCAGUGAGGAGGCUAGUUCGAAGAGUUACUGGGGUCUCGUCCAGGUUCCACUCCAAGUCAGAGACAUACCUCAGAUGAGAGAAGCCUAUUCGGAGCUGUGCCUGACCUCGGGGCAGCUAGGGAUUGAUGAUCUGACACACGUUCCCCCAGAUUUGUUUGAAAGUGAGCAUAUUCGUAUUGGAAAGAAAGUGUUAAGUGAGCAGGACAGUGCGGCUGCCCAGCAGUACAGCAGACAAGGCUGUCCCACUGGCCUACGAGCCGACCUCUGGUCUCUCAUCCUCAACUCCACCAACUCGCCUGAGGAUGUCCUGCAUUAUAACCAGCUGAAGGCUGGGGUCAUCCACCAUGAUCUGCUGGUGGACAAGCUCAUCUAUAAGGACGUGAAACUGACUGCUAGCAAUGAUGACUACUACUUUGUAUUUGAGGACUAUCUGUAUCAGGUGUUGCUGUGUUUCUCUCGAGACACUGCGGUCUUGGAUCACUUCAGCUACAACAGUGCCACUCCCCCUAAAUCCUACAUUCAAGGCCGGGUGGGGGAGGAGGAGUUUGCUGUGGUGUACCCUCCGAACGGUGUCAUCCCGUUCCACGGUUUCUCGAUGUACGUGGCUCCUCUGUGCUUCCUGUACAACGAGCCAUCCAAGCUGUACGCGGUGUUCCGGGAGAUGUACGUCCGCUACUUCUUCCGGCUGCACUCAAUCUCCUCAUCUGCCUCCGGAAUAGUGUCACUGUGCCUUCAGUUUGAGAGGCUGCUACAGACCCAUCUCCCCCAACUCUUCUAUCAUCUCAGAGAAAUAGGAGCGCAGCCGUUGCGUGUUGCCUUCAAGUGGAUGGUGAGGGCGUUCUCCGGCUACCUCUCCACUGACCAGCUCCUUCUGCUGUGGGACCGUGUCCUGGGCUACGAUUCGCUGGAGAUCGUCGCAGUACUGGCGGCGGCAGUCUUUGCCUUCCGGGCGGAGAACCUGAUGGAGGUGACGUCGCUGGCCUCAGCUGAGGCCGUCCUCGCUGACCUUUCGACCCUGAAGGUCAUGCCCCUCAUCCAGAUCUUUCUGUUCGCCACUGUCAUCUGAGGACCUCUGUGGGGGUUUUUUGCGCACCGGAGGAGAUGUGAAAAAUUGCCUUGGCCACCAAGCUGUUUCCAUGCCAACGUCAGCGAUCAUCUGUCAGUCAGAGAUGCCGACGAGACUGUGAAAAAAGGGAGCCUUUUCGAGGCCUAAAACCUUGUAUAUUCAUGCCGCCAUACUCCACUGGGUCAAAGCCUCAGGUUACUUUGCAUGCACUCACAGAAAUACGUAUCACCAUGUGUCACAUUAUUAGAAAUGUAGGUUAUAGCCCUCAGAUAAGAUAAGCAAACCCAUGUACAGGAGGCUGGGCCAACUAAGAUGACACACACCCCAAUGCUUGGUAUCCAGAGAUGAGUUGCAUGAAACAGUAUUGUGUUGGGUGUUUAUUAUUUUUUUAUGGGGGGGGGGGGCAGUGCAAAGGGUGAUCCGUGACGAUAUCUAAAGUAUGAAGUGUUUCAAUCUGGUCUUAAAAUGAAUGUUUUAAUAAAGCACUCCUUGCAGUAAUCAUCCUAUGUAAGGAGCAGAUCUGAAGCUGCUGUGUGCGUUUUCCUCACAACAAUUAACUCAGUUAAUUAAUAACUCUUAGUGUUAAUUUAUCAUACUAAUUUUAGUUUAUAACAUGCAAUAUAUAAUAGUAAGAUAUGAUGUCAUAAUAUAUGCAUUGCUACACCGUAAACACUUAUCUCAGUAGUAGAUACAGUACAUAUUUUUAAUUUUGAUGGAUUUAUUGAAUUACUGCAUUACUGUACUAUUUGUAUUUGUCUUGUCUUAAUGUUGAUCCCUUUACCCAUUUUGUUAAAAAAAAAGUGAAUUGUCAAAUGUAUCGUCCUAGAUUGUUAUAUUAUUUAAGUUCAUUUUCACUUUUCUUUCAAUGUCAAUUACUUGAUUAAAGGGACAUUCAUCAGUCAUAACAUAGCAUGGCUUAAGUUGAUUUUCCAAUGCUUAUUAAAUGAAAAUCCUGUAUGGCAACCUAUA